GCGCCUGCUACAUGAGGCGCUAUAAACUACUCGCCGGUCGGCAGCGAGCAUCGGAAUUCGGAGGCGAGCUUACUACUACUUACCCCCGGACUGCAGGAGGCACGGCUCAGUGUUGACCAGGAGCAGUAGUGCCACUACCAAGAAGGUAGCAGGAGCGUACGGCGAGGCCGGCGGCUGAGGAGCAGACAGCAGAGAUGGCCAUGGCCUCCUCCACCUCCCUUCGCCCUCCCCUGCCCCAAGGUGCGUCCGGUGCGACCAUGGAUAACCGGUGGUUCAUCCACUUGUCGAUCGAUUCAUCUGCUUCUUUCUCUCAGUUUGCUGGGCCGGAGCAAAAUGCCUCGCUGCUUUGCGCGCCGAAGAACAGAGUUGCUGCCAGUGGGAGGAGAAGCCUCAGAUUCACCACGAGGUCGAGCUCGAAUCAGGGCGCCAAGGUGAGCAUUCCGAAGCAAUGGUACAACCUCGUCGCGGACCUGCCGGUGAAGCCGCCGCCGUCGCUGCACCCGCAGACGCACCAGCCACUGAGCCCCAGCGACCUGUCCCCGCUGUUCCCUGACGAGCUGAUCAGACAAGAGGUGACGGAGGAGCGGUUCGUCGACAUACCCGAGGAGGUCAUCGACGUGUACGAGCUCUGGCGCCCAACACCACUGAUUAGGGCCAGGAGGUUGGAGAAGCUGCUCGGCACGCCGGCGAAGAUCUACUACAAGUACGAGGGGACCAGCCCGGCGGGGUCGCACAAGCCCAACACCGCCGUGCCGCAGGCGUUUUACAACGCCGCGGCAGGGGUGAAGAACGUGGUCACUGAAACCGGCGCUGGCCAAUGGGGCAGCGCGCUGUCCUUUGCAAGCAGCCUCUUCGGCCUCAACUGCGAGGUGUGGCAGGUGCGAGCGUCGUACGACCAGAAGCCGUACAGGAGGCUGAUGAUGGAGACGUGGGGCGCCAAGGUGCACCCGUCGCCGUCGACGGCGACGGAGGCCGGCAAGAAGAUCCUGGCGGCGGACCCGUCCAGCCCGGGCAGCCUCGGGAUCGCGAUCUCCGAGGCGGUGGAGGUGGCGGCUACCAACGCCGACACCAAGUACUGCCUCGGCAGCGUGCUGAACCACGUCCUGCUCCACCAGACCGUCAUCGGGGAGGAGUGCCUGGAGCAGCUGGCGGCGCUCGGCGAGACACCCGACGUCGUCAUCGGCUGCACCGGCGGCGGGUCCAACUUCGGCGGGCUCGCGUUCCCGUUCAUGCGCGAGAAGCUGCUCGGCAGGAUGAGCCCGGAGUUCAGGGCCGUGGAGCCCGCAGCGUGCCCCACGCUCACCAAGGGUGUCUACGCCUACGACUUCGGCGACACGGCGGGGCUCACGCCGCUGAUGAAGAUGCACACCCUCGGCCACGGCUUCAUCCCCGAUCCAAUCCACGCAGGUGGGCUUCGCUACCAUGGAAUGGCACCUCUGAUCUCGCAUGUGUACGAGCUGGGAUUCAUGGAUGCUGUCGCCAUACAGCAGAUCGAAUGCUUCCAAGCUGCCUUGCAAUUCGCGCGGACGGAGGGUAUCAUUCCGGCGCCGGAGCCGACGCACGCGAUCGCGGCGGCGAUCAGGGAGGCGCUGGAGUGCAAGAAGACAGGGGAGGAGAAGGUCAUCCUGAUGGCCAUGUGCGGCCACGGCCACUUCGACCUCGCCGCGUACGAGAAGUACCUGAGGGGCGACAUGGUUGACCUGUUGCACCCUGCGGACAAACUGGAGGCGUCCCUCGCUGCCGUGCCCAAAGUCUGAAGAUGUUAGAGAGCCGUGCUAGCCACUGGAUUUGAACAAAUAAGCGAUUGAGAUUACGUUCUUGAAUCUUGUGAUGAUCCAUUAGACGUGGAUUUUCGGAUACUUGUGUGUCCAAAUAAUGAAAUAAAUGAAUAAAUUUUAUCAAUAAAAAAGAUUAAAUCAUCCUAUCUGUGGAGAUGUUUGAUCUUUUUUUAGGGAAAUGUUUAAUCUGCUUUUAAGUUUGAACUCUGAGCUUGGCAUGAUCUUUUUUUAA